CUUUUUCCUGCUCCUGCUGAAUCUCUUACUAAAGCAAGCUUACUUCUUACUCGCUUUACCUAGAACAUCAUGUCUGCUCUGCUCAGAGGACUCACCUUUAUCCGCUCAGCGCCUGCUCUGCGGGGAACAACCCUAACGCAGCGGGCAAGCCUGUCUAGCAAACCUGCAAAGAGUGCUGUGGGACCAGUCGAGACGACAAUUAGUCUUGGAGUUUUUGCUGUGGCUAUCCUGGCUCCAUCCGGCUGGGUCCUUGCCAACCUCGAGAGCUACAAAAAGAGGGAAUAAGCCUACUAUGGAAUGAAAAGAGCUGCCUGCUUCAUCCAUUUCCUGCAAACCCUCAACGGGACCGUUGGAGCAACUCUUAAGCUACCCAUCUACCUCUCUAUGGGGCUGUUUACCUUUUUCCAUUCACUCCAGUCUGUAAAAUGUUGUCCAAUAUUGGCUACAUAAUGACAUGAUGGGAUCUUAAGGCUGUUCUUAUUAAUGUUACACAUACAAUAAACUUAUUUAAAUCUAAA